UAGGGCACAAGACCGACCGGGACAAUAUUCUCUCGCAUCGCUCAGCGGAACCCAGCAACCGACAGCACGUCUCACAGGAAUUAUCUUCACGUUUGUGAAUAGCAAACAUCUGCCUCCUCUGCUGAUGGCCAAAAUGAAAACCGGCUGUGCGAUUCUUGUGGCGUGUGCCUUAGUUGUGGGCGCCUCUUUGGGGAGUCACGGGAACGCUCAGACCAUCGCUCCAUGCAGACCAGGUUUCUCCCAGAGUUUCUACACCGUAUUUGUCCCCAGGGGUGUGCUGCAAGGCCUGAACAUUCACAAAGAUACCCUGCUGUCAUCUGGCCAUGUGAAGUUCGAAACCUGUCAACAAAUAGAAGAGGUUUCUUUCGAAAGCAGUGACCCAAAGUUCAGCGUUCGGCCGGAUGGCUCUCUUUAUGCAGAGCAACAUGUGACGAAUCUAACUGAACCCAUCCAGUUCAUGGUGACGGCCAGAGACAGCGCGGGCAAGUAUAUCUGGGAGACCACUGUUAAACUGGCCCUCGCUGGACACCUGCUAUCACCUCCUGUUAACCAGUUUGCUGGGGAUGGUAUUUAUGGCGGAUCCUCUCACAACCACUAUCAAAAUCCCAGGCUCAUUACGUUUCCACGACAACACCAGCGAGGCUCGUCCAAUGGGCUGCGGCGACAGAAGCGAGACUGGGUCAUUCCACCAAUCAACGUGCCUGAAAACUCCAGAGGACCCUUCCCUCAAGUUCUCGUCAGGAUUCGAUCGGACCAGGACAAAGAAAUUGAGAUCCGGUACAGUAUAACAGGAGCCGGAGCAGACCAGCCUCCCAAUGACAUCUACAUCAUUGAUCCUGUGACAGGGAAAAUGUCUGUCACUAAACCUUUGGACAGAGAGGAGAGAGCCUCCUACCAUCUCAGAGCUCAUGCAGUGGAUGUUAACGGGAACCAAAUGGAGCCUCCUAUUGAUCUGUACAUUUAUGUCAUUGACAUGAAUGACAACAGACCCGAGUUUAAGAACCAGGUCUACAACGGAUCAGUUGCAGAAAUGUCCAAACCAGGCACUUCUGUAAUGCAGGUAACGGCCUUUGACGCCGACGACAGCACCACGGCAAACGGGCUGGUGCACUAUCGCAUCCUGAGCCAGACGCCACACAUCCCCAUUCCCAACAUGUUUACUAUUAACGGAGCCACAGGAGAGAUCAGCACCAUCGCUACAGGCAUCGACAGAGAGAAAGUGUCUCAAUACACCAUUAUAGUCCAGGCCACCGAUAUGGAGGGCAGCCUGAACUUCGGCCUGUCCAACACUGCCACGGCCCUCAUAAGCAUCACUGACAUCAACGAUAACCCUCCGGAGCUGGACUCAAAAACAUUCCUAGGAGAGGUCCCAGAGAAUGCUGUGGGUGUGGUUGUGGCCAAUUUGACAGUCAGAGACAAGGACCAGCCUCAUACACCAAAUUGGAACGCCGUCUAUAGGAUUACAGGAGGAGAUGCGAUGGGCCAUUUCGCUAUACGCACUGAUGAAGUCACCAAUGACGGCAAGGUCAUAGUGGUUAAGCCGGUCGACUAUGAGAGGAAUGAUGCCUUCACGCUGAUGGUGGUGGUGUCGAACCAAGCUCACCUGGCCAGCGGGAUCCCCUCCUCGCCGUCCUCCUCUGCUGCUGUUUCCAUCAAAGUACUGGAUGUCAACGAGGCUCCCGUCUUUCCUUCCAACCCUAAAAUCAUCCGUUUUGAAGAGGGAGUGCCUGCUGACACCACCCUCGCUACUUUUGCGGCACUGGAUCCAGACCGCUUCAUCCAGCAGACUAUCAGGUACUCCAAACUGUCAGAUCCAGCCAACUGGCUGAAAAUCAACAGGACCAAUGGAAGAAUUACCACCACGGCGGUGCUGGACCGCGAAUCGCCAUAUAUGAAGAAAAACGUGUAUGAAGCGACCUUUUUGGCCAUAGACAAUGGUUCCCCUCCUGCCACAGGAACUGGUACUGUCCAGAUUUAUUUGAUAGAUGUGAAUGACAACGUGCCUGUCUUAGUUCCUCAAGAGGCUCUGGUCUGCGAGAGGUCACGACACGGGUAUCCAGUCAACAUCACAGCCUCGGAUUUAGAUUCAGAGCCCAAUGCCGGCCCAUAUGUCUUUGAGCUGCCCUCUUACCCCUCUUCUGCCCGCCGUAACUGGACCAUUUCACGCCUGAAUGGUAAUUAUGCCCAGUUGAAGCUCCGGAUCCCGUACCUGGAGGCAGGCAUGUACAGAGUUCCCAUUUUAGUUUCCGACUCGGGAAACCCUCCCCUGUCCAACACCUCUGUUUUGAUGGUGAAGGUGUGUCCCUGUGAUGAAAACGGAGACUGUACUGUGAUCGGGGCAGUGACUGUGGCCGGGCUGGGAACCGGAGCCAUCAUCACCAUCCUCAUCUGUAUCAUUAUACUGCUCAGUAUGGUUCUGUUCUUUGUGGUGUGGGUGAAGCGAAGGGAGAAGGAGCGUCAGACGAAACCCUUAUUGAUCGACCCUGAGGAUGACGUCAGAGAUAAUAUCCUGAAGUAUGAUGAAGAGGGAGGAGGAGAGGAAGAUCAGGACUAUGAUCUGAGUCAGCUGCAGCAGCCCGAGUCUCUAGAUCACAUAAUGAGCAAGCCUGCAGGUGUGCGGAGAGUGGACGAGAGACCAGUUAUCCUAGAAUCUCAGUACCCUGUCCGGCCCACAGUGCCACACCCAGGGGACAUCGGGGAGUUCAUCAUUGACGGUCUGCGCGCGGCGGAUAAUGACCCCACUGCUCCCCCCUACGACUCUCUGCUGGUGUUUGACUACGAGGGCAGCGGCUCCACAGCAGGCUCUGUUAGCUCCCUGGACUCCUCCAGCUCUGGAGAACAGGACUACGACUACCUCAAUGACUGGGGUCCUCGCUUCAAAAAGCUGGCAGACCUCUACGGAGGAGGGGGAGAGGACUGAAGGUGGGAACGCGAGGAAGACGGAGGGGAACGGAGAGGGCCAGGAGGGACAAUUGGCUUCUCGGAUGUUUUAUCGAGAAGUCGCACGCCAAGCCUCCAAGUGGGCUGAUUAUCUCUCAACUAAAGUUCCUCUGCACGCUACGGAGGCAUCGACAGGGGAGGAUAUUGCCCUGCAGCCUGCUCUGGACCUUUGCUGCAAUCCACAAGUAUUUUACGGCUUUUUACAAUAUUUCGCGUUGUGGUUUCUUCAGUGUUGUUUUGUCACUCCUCUCGGACCGCCUAGAGGCUCAAGAUGGAAUCGAGUUGCGACAAGGAAUUCUCGGCGUGCGGGAAUAAGUGCGCACGCUCGUUUUUCCGUUCGCUUUAUCACUAAAGAGAGUUCCACACACACUUUUUCUCUCAACUUGAAUUUCAGUAGAACAGAAGCACUGUUGUUGAUAAAGUGCCUUUUGUGGUGUGUUUUGUAUCGGACUCCUGCAAUCUCAGGGUCGGUUGCCAUUUUGAAAAGUUUCUUCUGUUGGGCACACACUCCCCCGUUCCUGUCUGCUCCUCUCAACUACCUUUUGCUUUCCUUUCAUCCCUGCAUUACCGGUGCAGAACGCCUCUUUGACUACUAUGUGGAAAACAAACAAAGGAAACAGAGAAUGUUUUUUCAAGACUUUUGUUGAUAAACACAGGACUCAUUUUCCCUUCAGAAAUCUCAUUCUCCUUUGAGAAAUUGGAGCGUAUGAAGUACAGUGAUCCAAUUCGAAAAAUCAUAGUUUUUUUUUUUUUGGUUUUGGUUUUUUUCAAACUUGACCGACCACGACCAUAUAAUGUUAUGUUGUGUGAUGGUUGUGUAAAAAAAUCAAGGUCUUUAUUUUCAAAUAAGAAAAAAUAUUACUGGAGAAUGCCUUUUAGCUCAUACUCUUGCCUGCCUUGUACGAUUUUGUGUUGCGUUUCCGAAUUGUAAAGGUAAUUUAGGCAUGACAAGUUGCCAGACAGUGAGACUAAAAGUGAUGGCUGAAGAAACCCGACUCUAAAAGGACUGCAUCAGAAGAAACCUUCUUUUUUUGUCUUGAACAUUCCCCUUUUCUAACUUUAUAAGUUGAUUCAAAUAUUAUACGUGCAUGACUUCUUUCAAAACAAUGUCUCAAAUCUCUCGCACUUGUUCCUCUGUGGUCAGAAUGUGAAAAGUAGUUGGCAAAGAAUAUACACCAUACGGAAUAAAUAUAAUCUGAAAAAAAUAAAAAUAAAAAACAAACAAAAAAAGAUUCAAAAUGUUUAAAAUGCUGUAAAAUACUUAUUGUUGAAGUAUUAUUUGAAGCAUUUGCUGCUCUUCAAGCUCCAAGUCGGGCUAAAUGACAGUGUCUGGGCCUGUUUGUGUGUGAAUGUGAGUGUGUGUUUAUCUAUAUCCUGUAGGAUUU